AUGUCCAAGCUUAUAUUUAAAAUAUAUUUUAAACAUAGUACCUUAAAGCUCUCCCGGUAUUUUAAUCCAGAAUUGAUCACUGGAGUUUUUCUCAUUGGUCACAAUCUUCAAGAAUUGAAGAAUGAUCAAUCUACAGUGGUCUUGAACAAAACAGAUGAACAAGUGGAUCGGUAUCAAGAAUUGCUGGGACAGAAAAGGAAUUUUGUUCUCCAUGCCUCAGUCGCCAUAUUAUCAUUCCUUUUUUUUGGUUUGGUGCCUCCUGUGGUCUAUGGCUUCUCAUUUUAUCAGAGUGACAACAGAAACCUUAAGCUCGCAGUAGCUGCAGCAGCUGGCCUUUUAUGCAUCACAGUACUUGCCAUAGUUAAAGCUUACACCCAAAAGCCAUCCAAGUGGAGCAUUUAUAUAACAACUAUACUUUACUACCUUUCUAUUGGGAUCGGGGCCUCUGGCAUUUCUUACUUGGCAGGUUACCUAGUCAGGAAACUCAUUGAGAAACUACGUUGGUUUCAGUCAAGUGUAGCUACCAUUCAGCCCAUGAGUUUUGAGAAACUUGCGUGGGAAUCCUACUAAUAUCAUGGGUUUUAAACAU